ACAACAUGGACGCUGAGUUCGCUGUUUGCGGAAAACGGAUGUUGCGCUGCCUACCAGUGACAAUAGAAGACGAAAUUUAAAUUGUCUUGUUUGGAAGUCUACGCUUGCUGAUUGCCGUUCACUGUAAAGACAUCAUGAGCAAACACGAGGAUGCUUGGGAUAAACUGGACACUGAGUUUGACCACUACUUAGUGGACAUGAAACCAUACGUUCUAAAGCUUGCUCGCAAAUCAGAGCGCCAGCGAUGUGCCCUGUGGAUAAAAAAGCUUUGUGAACCCACGGCGUCCGGUUCUGGCCUCAUGGGACUCAAGAACCGCAACAUGUAUGCCCGCCUGCUCCUGCACAUGCUCAGACGAGACGUCUUGGAGGGCCCUUUCACGCAGAAACCUGAGUCAGGCACACUCAAGACACUUCCAACCUAUAUGUCCAUCUACUUUGAUGAGCCGCUGUGUGGUAAAGCAGCUGAGCAGAGCAGUGCCGGCCUGCCUGACUGGGUGACCGGAGAGCUGGACCAGAGGGACGAAAGUUGGGGAAGCCUGCUGAAAGAGAGGGCAAGCUCCUCACCUAUGGCUUACCAAAACACGCACAGAAGGGGGCUCCAGUAUGAGGAGAAGUAUUCAUCGUGGGUGCUGCCGUCCAGUCCAGUCAAGCAUUCCUCUAGGGAGGACCUCAACAUGAUUGAGAACCCAAGGUACCUGAAAGAGGACCCCAUCCCCUUGUCUCCAAUUUUCAAGUUGGCCCUGAGCCAGAGUGGCACCCUGGCUGAGGAGAAGGGCUCCCUGCUGAUACAGGAGAAGGAGAUGGAGAUGAAGACCAAGGUGCUGUGUGCCAAGCACCAGGAGGACAAACUGAAGCUGCAGCAGAGGCAUGAUGCAGAUGUUCAGAAAAUCCUGGACCGAAAGAAUGGUGAGAUUGAGGAGCUGAAAACUAUGCACCGAGUCAAGCAGAAGGAAUCAGAGGACAACAUUCGUAAGAUGGAGAGAAAAGUUCAAAGCGUGGUGCGCGAGUCCCAGGUCAUCUGCGAGAGCAAAGAGAAGCAGAUUGUCGAGCUGAAGAAAAUGACAGAUCAGAGUGCUGACUCCCUCAAAAACGAGUGGGAGAAGAAGGACAGAGGAGAUGAAGGUAGGAGCUGUGAGAGGCUGUGUAGUGACGCGGGCCUUCUCCCCCAGCUGCAUUCGGCGGUGGCGGACAUGGAGCAGGAGAAGUUCGAACUGCAGAAGAAGCACACUGAGAGCAUCCAGGAGCUGGUGGAGGACACCAACCAUAGGCUGUCCAAGAUGGAGACAGAGUACAGCGUCCAGACUCAGGCCACCGAGCAGAUGCUACGAGAGAUGGAGAGACAGGUGAAGCGUCUAUCUGCUGAGGUGGAGAAUGGGAAUGCCCUGCGACUGAAAGUGACCCAGGAGAAGAACCAGCUGGAGAUCCACAUUGCCACCAUCAGUUCUGAGCUGCAGGAGGCCAACCGCCGGAACGUGUCUCUGCUGAGGGAGAAGGAGAACCAGAGUGAGCUGCAUGAGCAGGAGCUGCAGAAACUACAGUCAAAGCACGAGGCGAACAUGACCCAUUACCAGCAUGAACAUGCACUCUCCGCGGCCAAGGCCUCUGAAGUGAUAGAAGACCUUGAACAGAUUGUGGCUCAGCUCAAGCAGCAGCUCCUGGACAGUGAACACAGGAGGCAGAAACAAAUCAGGGACCAAGAUAUCAAGCUGCAGCAGGAGAAAGCAGAACUACUACACGAUACUGAGAAAAAGGUGCGUUCCCUCCACAUGGAGGCAGAGAAGGAGAGAAUUGAAGCCAGGAAAAGGAUAGCAAACCUAGAAGAGUCCCUCAGGGAGAAGGAGGAGAAGCUGGAGAGAGUGAGGGACAGUCAGAGACAGCAGGCCCAGCAGGCUGAGAGUGCUCUGGAGCAGUUGAAGAAACAAGUCGAGCUCAGCUCAGAGAAGGCCUACGCAGACAUGAAACUGCAGAUGGAGAAGGUGGAGGAGGACCUGAGUCGCUCCAAAUCUCUAAGGGAAGAACAAGCCAAGGAGUUCUCCCAUCAACUGGAGGAAAUUAAACAGAGAUGUGAACGUCAGAUGUGCGAGCAGCGCGUGCAGCAGGAGCAGGAGAGGACCCGGCUGCAACAGCAGCACAGCGCUGAGAAGGACAGCCUGGUCCAGGAGCGCCAGCGGGAAGUGGGCAGCCUAGAGAGGCAGGCAAGGGCCACCCUGCUCCAGCACCAGCAGCACACCCAGGAGUGGAGGCAACGCGAUGCCCAGACCAUCUCGGAGCUGGAAGCCCAGGUGUCGGCCCUGCAUGAGGAGCUGCAGCAGGCCCACGCCCAGAGGAAGCAGCAGCUGCUGGAGCUGGGCCUGCUGAGGGAGGAGGAGCGCCAACGCUCGGCCCAAGACCAGGAGGCCUCGAUGGGCAGGCUGCGGGCAGAGAUGGAGCGCCUCCGCCUGGACCUGGAGAGGAGCCACCAGGCUGAGAGGGAGCUGGCCCAGGAGAAGACCAACAGCAGAUUGAAGCAGAUUGAGGAGGAGUACAGUCAGAAGCUUGCCAAAUCUGCCCAGUGGAUCGCGGAGCUCCAGACGUCGGCGUGUGCUGCCAAGGAGGAGGGUCUGAGACAUCGUCAAGAGCUGGAGAGACAGCUGGAGGAGGCCUCGGCACACUGGGAUCAGGAGAGGAGGACCAUGACCAAACAUGCCGUCUCAAACACCAAGGCUCUGCAGGAGAAGGUGGAGAGUCUGCAGAGACAGCUGCAUGCCUCAGAGAAGAAGCUACUUAACAAAGAACUUGAGAAUCAGGAACAGCUCCACCCCACAGUCUACACCACAAUCACCCUAACCUCCCAAAACAUGAUCCCUCCCAGUACCCUUGUAUCCAUCAAGUCCUGACCCCUACCAACAUCAUUCAUCCACUUCCUUCUCUCCUUCUCACACCUUACCUCUCCUCACCUUCCCACUUUGAGUGUGUCUCAUACCCUCUCUCUCUGCUUACCCUCCCCACACACACACGCAUGCACACACACAGUGUCUCACAGACCUCCAAACUCAAGUCCAUGACCAAUUCCCAUCACACCCUCCGGGUGGGUAGGGACAGUACACCUUCUCUACUUCCUUCUCUCUCUUCUCUCCUUCUCCCUCCCCACUUUUCUUAUUCACCCUUACUCCUUAGUUCAGAGAGAGUCAGAGAGAUAUACACCCUUGAACAUUUCCCAAAUUCCUUGAGAUCCGGCUUCAAGAGCCAGUGCUGGGGGCCAGGAAUACCACAGCCACUGAGGUUCAGAGGAAAACCCUACACACACACAUUUCCCUGGUCUGCCCUCUAAUAAGGAAUUUCCAUGACCUUGACACACACAGAAGAAAAGAGUAAUGACCAGGUUGUGUCUGUGCAUUCUGGAGCUUGGUAUGUACACCAGAGACAGACUCUUUGUCGUCGUCGUCCCAUGCCCAGACCAGACCACUGACCGUUGACACACACUUCACACACCCCUGUGAGGAUACACCAGGUCUGGGCUGCAUAAAUCUACAGGAGGGGUUGGUGUUUUACAUUUACAUUUAUGCAUUUAGCGGACGCUUUUAUCCAAAGCGACUUCCAAGAGAGAGCUUUACAAAAGUGCAUAGGUCACUGAUCAUAACAACGAGAUAGCCCCAAACAUUGCGAGCAGCCAAAACAUGAAGCAUACAUUGUGAAAAACCAAAUAAGUGCCAAAGGGAAGAACCAUAACAGCAUUCAGUUAAACAAGUUACAAUUAAACAACAUGAAACUCAAAAAGUGCAAGAGUGUACCUGUAGAAAAACAAUCAACAGUAAAAUAUUUCACAGCUAGUACAAGAAUUUAAAUCUGUUACAACUAACCAACAACAGCAACAAGUCUCUCAAUAAGAGUCAUUGUGAUACUGGAGGAAACUAACAUCAGGUCCAGUCAAGCAUUCCUAAGUGCCGUUGUACUCCCGGAACAAGUGCGUCUUGAGCCUUUUCUUAAAGGUGGGGAGACAGUCAGUGUCCCUGAUGGAGGUGGGGAGUUGAUUCCACCAUUGGGGGGCCAGACAGGAGAAGAGCUUGUGUUGGGACUGGGCGCUCUUGAGCGGUGGGACCACCAGACGGUUUUCAGAAGAAGACCCUAGGUGGCGGGUGGGGGUGUAAGGCUGGAGGAGAGACUUGAUGUAGUCGGGUGCAGUCCCGUUCACCGCUCGGAAGGUCAGUACCAGUGGGCUGUCAGCCACUAACCCCUUCAAAGUUCAUCCCAAAGUCGUAUCCUUAAUCAACACUGCAGUGAUUCAGACUUUCAUAAUUGUGCCACCUUGAAUUCCAUACCUCAGCGUAUAGAGUUUUUCUAAACACAAUUAGGAAUAGCAUGUAUUAGGAGAACAAUAUCAUACUUGGAAAAUGUGGGUGAGUAAUAAUGGUACUUUCUGCCAUCGGACUUUUGAAUUUUGCUCCAU